AUGCACGUCUCCUACCUCGCUCUUCUCAUCGCCCGAAUGCUCGUCACCUGUAGCAGCGUGUGUUUCGCAAAUCCCCUCUUCGCUGCCGAAGCCGUAGCCCGAUCUGUACUGCCGACCGAUGUUUCUCUAAACGACCUUCGCGAACCUGCCGAACCCACCUGCACCGAGCUCAGUGCCCUCUCGACUUCCUUCAACGACCUCGGUACCUUCUCCAGUGAUUGCAUAGCCGCCGCAAAUGACUUCUUCAACAUGGGGGUGAUAUCCCGAAUGGCAUGGCACUGGAAAAGAGUCUCGGCAGAGCAGCCUCCUCAACCAGGCUACAACUUUCUACCUUACAGUGUGGCGCCGAGAGGUUGUAUGAUACAAUUGGAUGUGCUGGACGAUCCUGAUGCCGAGGACCAAUUUGCGCUGGUGCAAAUUGCGGACGACUUCAGGCGACUGUUUACAAAAUGCGUAAGACCGAACCCGAGAGCAUUGGCGGCGGGGUUUGUACCUGUGGGACCGAGAAGGGUGUUGAAGCUGUCGAUUGAGCCUACGCCCAUGAGUGGGUACUCGGAGGGGGCAGGCUUUGCCUUGAAUGGCACGAGGUUGCUGAAUGUCACAUCGCAGGGGUGA